CCAACACUAGCCAUCUGGCAGCCUCCAGCAGAACACCUUCUUUUCCAGUGAGUGAGCGCUUCACUCAGCGACUUCAUCUCCAGAACAUAUAAAAGUUGGAUCCUUAUCCAUCACAGAGAUUAGCUACGUGCAAGUAUGGAGUGCAAGGUGCUCAAGCCUCGUCGUCUGGAAAACUUCGCUUCCAAGAAAGAAUAUUACGACUCUCUGCAGGUGCACACCAAGCAGAGAGGAGAGUGCAAUGAGCAGGUGUGUAAUGGGUCCUUCAUGAACAUCAGGAGGAUGCUCACCACUCCUCGACCCCCGGCUGAGAUGAUGGUCCAGGCCAAGGAAUUUUUUGAUGAAUACUACACCUCCUUGAAAAAGUUGGAGAGCGAGGAACACGUGGUUCGCUGGAAAGAGGUGUCAGCUAGUAUACGCAAGCGAGGUACUUACCGUCUUACCAAGGAAGAGUUACAGUUCGGUGCUAAGCUGGCUUGGAGGAAUGCUCCAAGAUGUAUAGGCAGGAUUAACUGGACCAGACUGGAGCUGUUUGAUGGCCGUGAUGUCACAACACCUCAAGAAAUGUUUGAUAUCAUCUGCGAACAUAUCAAGUAUGCAACAAAUAAUGGAAACAUCAGGUCAGCCAUUACUGUGUUCCCGGAGCGCCGACCCGGACAGAGAGACUUCCGGGUGUGGAACCAGCAACUCAUCAGCUACGCUGGGUAUGAGAACCCGGACGGAACCAUCACCGGUGAUCCCGCCUACGUCGCCUUCACGAAGUUGUGUGAGGGCCUCGGCUGGAAAGGCGCUGGUGGGAGAUUCGACGUUCUUCCUCUUGUGUUAUCAGCAGCUACGGGGGAUCCCCAGUGGUUCUGCAUCCCAGAUGAACUGGUGCUACAGGUUUCUUUUCAGCAUCCUAAAUACGAGUGGUUCAAGGAGCUGGAACUAAAGUGGUUCGCCAUGCCUGCUGUAUCCUCCAUGAUGCUCGACUGUGGCGGCAUCGAAUUUACCGCUGCGCCGUUCAACGGCUGGUACAUGUCCACAGAGAUUGCCACCAGAGACCUGUGUGAUGCCCAGCGCUACAACGUCCUCCAGCCCGUUGCUGAGAAAAUGGGUCUUGACACCCGCUCCAACGUUACUCUCUGGAGAGAUGUAACCACCAUCGAGAUCAAUCAAGCUGUCCUGUUCUCCUUCCAGGAGGCUAAGGUGACGCUGAUGGACCACCACACCGCAGCAGAGUCCUUCAUGCAGUUCAUGGAGAACGAGCACCGCCAGCGAGGCGGGUGUCCUGCAGACUGGGUGUGGAUAGUGCCGCCCAUCUCCGGCUCUCUGACUCCCGUCUUCCACCAGGAGAUGUCACUUUACUAUCUGAAGCCUGCCUAUGAGUACCAGGAGCCCGCCUGGGUUACCUUCGCCCGCCACGCCAAAGGCCUGCAAGGGAUUGAUGCCUCUCAUUCUAGGAAGCUCUUCAGGAAGGCUGCUCUGGGAGUGCUGUUUGCUAGCACCUUGUACAACGCAGUCCUCAACAGACGAGUCCGUGUGACUAUCCUGUACGCCACUGAGACCGGCAAAUCUCAGCUCUUCGCUCAGAGUCUCUCAGAUAUUUUCAAGAGAAACUUCAACCCCAAGGUGAUGUGUAUGGAUGAGUACAAGGUGAGCAGAGCUGCGCUGGAGAACGAAACUCUCCUGCUGGUGGUCGCCGCCACCACAGGUGCUGGUGAACCCCCACAGAACGGUCAGUCGUUCGUCAAGACCUUGUACAACCUGAAGGAGGGACUCGACAACGGAAGCACUAACAACAUUAACAUUGACAAGAUUACCUUCCAUGAAGACUACAACCGUUACAAAAACAACGUGCUCGACGACAGUGUAGGCAACUUGAAGGGGAAGGAGACAAAUGAUCAGAAGAUGAGCGGGUUUGCCAGACUUCUGCGUAGGCUGGGACGGCGUCAGGAUUCUCAACAGGACCUGGGGAGCAGAACUCUAGUCUACAGCACUUCCAGUGGCUUCAAAUUCGCUGUCUUCGCCUUGGGGUCCAGUAACUAUAAAGACUUCUGCGCCUUCGGCAAGUACGUGGACCGUCUACUGCAUCAGUCAGGAGGACAGCGCCUGCUGAGCCUGGCCUGCGGGGAUGAACUUGACAAUCAAGAACUCGCCUUCCAAAAUUGGUCCUCUGAGGCAUUUAAGGUGUCAGAUGAGGAAUUUGGUACUGGGGGCUGUCCUGUGGUUCAACUCAAGAUCAACGAGUUGACAACUGAUACUGUCAAGAUGUCAACAGUCAGUCACUGCACCCCUCUCAAACAAGGUCUGUCUCAGCUAUAUGCGAGGAAGGUACAAAGCUUCACAGUCUUGGACUCUAAGUUUCUCCACGAGGACGGAGACAGGUGGCUGCAGAUGGUGGUAGUGGAUGUGAGCAAUGGUGACCUGCAGUACCAACCCGGGGAUCACAUUGGUCUCUUCCCUGCCAACAAGCCAGCCCUGGUCACUGCUAUACUAGCUCGACUAAUCCGCUACACUGACGUCGACUCAUCCAUCCAGAUCUUUCUUCAGCGUCGACAGGGAGCCACAGGUGUGUGCUGGGAGCCUCACCCACACCUGCCGGUGGCCAGCCUCCGUGAACUGCUGUCACGAUACCUGGACAUCACCACACCUCCCACGCCCACCAUGCUCCAGCUCUUGGCCGCCCACGCUAACAACAAUCGGCAAGCAUCUCGUCUCAAUCAGCUGGCCACGGACCAGGACGAGUACCGCCAGUGGAAAUCGUGGCAGCACCCGAACCUCCUGGAGGUGCUGGAGGAGUUUCCCAGUGUGAAGGUCGAGGCCAAAGUUCUGGUGAGUGCCCUGCCACUUCUUCAGCCGAGGUACUACUCCAUCAGCAGCUGUCCAGAUCUCCACCCGGGAAGACUCCACCUCACCGUCGCCGGCCUCCAGUACCGUACCAGAGGUGGAGCCGGAGCGGUGCAUCAGGGCGUUGCCACAGGGUUCCUGAAGAAGGUUCAAGUUGGCAGUAACGUAGAGCUCUUCCACAGAAGUGCCACAAACUUCCACCUGCCAAAAGACCCUAAAGUGCCGGUGAUGAUGGUGGCGGCAGGUAGUGGGAUAGCGCCCUUCCGAGGCUUCUGGCAACGCUACCACUACACUAAAACACAAAACAAAGGAGUGGUGGGCGAGUUGGUGCUGUACUACGGAUGCAGGACCCAGGCUGAGGACCUCUACGAUGAUGAGAAGUGGACCAUGUUGCGUUCUGGAGCCCUCAGUAGAAUACACCUGGCUCUCUCCAGACAACCCACAGUACCCAAGAUGUACGUGCAGGAUCUGUUGGUAAUGUACGGGAAGGAAGUACAGAGACAUCUUUUGGAGAAUGGUGGCCACAUCUACGUCUGUGGAGGAGAUGCUAUGGCCCAUGACGUCCACAACACACUGGUUGCCAUACUUACACACAACUCCCGCCUCUCAAAGGACCAGGCCUUCUCUUUUCUCUCCAAACUAAAAGAAGAAAAUCGGUAUCACGAAGAUGUAUUUGGCAUCAAACUUCAAAAGUGAGAUCACAGCAGUGAGCCACGACUCCACUGCAGUGAGACACGACUCCACUGCAGUGAGCCACGACUCCACUGCGGUGAGACACGACUCCACUGCGGUGAGACACGACUCCACUGCAGUGAGACACGACUCAACUGCAGUGAGACACGACACCACUGAAGUGAGACACGACGCCACUGCAGUGAGACACGACACCACUGCAGUGAGACACGACGCCACUGCAGUGAGACAUGAGCUCACGACAUCUAGACACGGGCAGAGUACGUACAAAAGAAAUACACGGACUCAUUGCCCGAGAGUACAUAUAUUAGUUAGUUUUUAUAUAAAAGUUAUCAGUCACACGACGGUCAUUACGGCCGUAAUUCACCUAGAGGUAAACAUACUCGUAAAAUACAUUUUAAUCUUAAAGACACAGAUAAAAGUUAAAUCUCAGUGUAUAUACGCCGAGAGAUACACACUCCCAUGUGUAUAUAUCCUGUGGACGAUAGUAUAUAAAUUACUUACAGCCACGGCUAUAACCAAGAAGGUAGAAUUAUUAUUGCUUUUAUGUGGUACAACUAUAUUAAAUAAUAUAUAUGCAUUUUAUAUAUAGUAAUAUAUGCUCAUUAUAUGUACUUAAGUAAUUAUCAUAGAGAAACAUUUUAUUGUUUACGAUAUCUUUAUUGUAAUUUAUUGUAAGUUAUCUGAUCCAGAAAAGAAAAAAUUACCACUCACUUCUCACCCUCUUCAACUACACUUUUUUGUCAGAACAGGAGCAUUCAAGGAUCACGUUUCACUCAUUCAAGUGUUUCCACUGCUAUGCUCUGGAGCAUUCCUCUUUUUUCAUCCUGUGACAGACUAGUCUCCACAAAUUCUUCCACGCUCCUGGAACUUUCCCUCGUCUCUACUGUGAUUUACGACGCUGUCAAAAAUCAUCUCUUAAUCCAUCUGCUACUAAAUAUCUCAACAGAUUCACUUUCUCUAGUCUCCUUCCAUUAUGAUCUCUUUAUUCUAUUUAUUUUUAUUACCUUAUUCUUAUCUGCUCGCACUGUCAGCAUCCUCGUACAUACUCUUCUAAAAUAAAUUGUAGUUUCUCUUCUGAAUCUUCCCAUGACACUGUAUCAUCUGCAACUGGCUAUUGCAACAACUCUCACUUCAUAUAUUAGUUAUUUCUUAGAGCCACACCUCUCUCGCACACUCUCGCCAUAUUAAACAUUUAUCGAGACAUUAGUACUAUUUGUCUUGUUUAGAUUUACUAGAAAUAUUUCUUCUCUUUCAUACAUAUUCUAACAUUAUUAGUCUCUAUACAAUUUUCAUCAAGAUUACCAAUUACGUAGAUCGCUUGCCACAUUAGUGCUCGUUACGUCCUCUUAUAUGCCUUCACAAUACCUUUGAUGGCAAGAAACAGUUUUACACUAUUUCAAAAGUACAUGUUUAAGUCUCAAACUCUUGAGCCACGCUGCUUAUUCUUGUUAUUUUGUGCUCAUUCUCCUUCUUCUUUAUAGCCAUUCCAACUUGAUUAUUUCGCCAAUUAGUUUUCUUUCCCCCUGCACUUACCAGCUUAAUGCAUCAGGGCAACACACACUGAUACACCAUUCUUAAGUUCGAAAUAGAUAACCUUUCUUCCGGUAAUUGUGUAUUCUAGUCUCAAACAUUUUAUUUAAAUCUUUUGCUGUCACUUCUCUUCUGUUUUCUGACACCUAGUAUCCAUCACAUCUACCAUUUACUCGUGAUCUACCACUAAAUGUACGAGACGCAUCAAUAUCUCUGAAAACUUCUUAACUAUAUUCCACAUGGGUGAUGAUUUAACUUGUAUAUCUCUUGUGUAAUCCGUUAUUUCUUGUUAGUUACCUGAAGAGUUUACCUGGAGAGGGUUUGGGGGGUUAACGCCCCCGCGGCUAAGUCUGAGACCAGGCCUCAUGGUGGGUCAGGGUCUGAUCAACCUCUUUCUGAAAAAAAUCUCACCUGAUUCAGUAUUUACCUGUAAUCUGAUGCUUAGAAUAUUAUCAGAGAAGCGAAUCCAAACUAUGAAGCGAAUCCAAAUUGUAAAUCUUUAAUGAGCACGAAAUAUUUCUUCUCAGUUUAUAACAUAGUUGAAGUUGAGCUGGUUCUCAGCGUAAAAAGUGUGAAAACUAGGAAAGUUUACGACGAGUAAAUAAUUUUGCUUAACUACGCGUGUAUGUAGUUAACACUGAACUCCUAGAGUGUCUUUGACUGAGGUUAUAAUAAUGAUUACUGGUAGAUUUUGAUGUGGAGAUGUAAGUCUAUGUGGGUGGAGUGGUGGAGAUUCGAUCCUCCGUUCAUGAGUCGUUACACAUUUUAAAUGUAUUGACAUGAAAUACUUCAAUGGUUGACUGAAAGUGACUUGCAUAUGCCAAUUCCUGUUAUAUAUUUAUAGCAGUUAUAUAUAUAUUUAUAUUUUAUUUAAAACAUUUGUACAAAUCCUUUCCACAUCUUAUUUCUGAAUGAUGGAGAACGUAUAUACAUAAUUAAUUCUGAAUUCAAAAAAUAAUAAGAUUUCUACACAACAAAAACUCUAUAUUUUACAUUGUUAAUCCAGUACACAAAUAUAAAUGUACACAAAUGUAAAUGUUACUUUCAUUUGUCUAUUGUUAGAGUUUAAUUUUUUUAUAUGGCUGAAGGUCUGCUAGAAAAUGACAUUGUUGUGAAAAAUAUUAAUCACAUAAAUUAUAACUCACGAAAUCGUAAUGACACGAUUGCAAAGAAACUGUACCACGGGCUAAGGCGCCGGUCUGGAGUUUUGAGACUCUGAUGGCUGGUUCAAACCCCGCCCGUGGUAUGUUUUUUUUUUUUUACAUAAAUUUUAUUUUACUUUUGUACAGUUGCA